AUGUCCCUCUCUACUUUCACGCGACGCCUACGCAGAUCACGAGGCAGAAGUCCUCUCUCAGCCUCCGAGGAUCGUGGCGACGGUGCUAGCGAGACCUCGUCGGAACUGAAUUCACCUGUCAUCAACACGAUCGACAUCGGGGACGAUGCACAUCUUGACCUCGACAUACCUAGACCUGAAGGGUCUGCAAGAACUGUCAUUCCUGCGUCCGCACGCGUAUCGUACGUAACAGAUCGGGCGCUUGCGGACAUCAGGCCACUGCGUGCACAGAUCAACGCUGGUCCUCCGGGAAUUCGACCGCGGCACUCGGCCGUGUUCGAGAAACGGAUCGGUCGCCUAGCUACUCUGGCUACUACAGCAGUCGAGAAAGUAGUCGAAGGCUUGAAGGACGCGGACGCGGAGGAGUCGGAGCUCGCCGAGAAGAUCAAGCGCGGUAUCGAACGCUUCACCGACAACAUCCCGUGGCUUAUGAAAGCUCUCGACGAAGUUGCGAAGAUCCACCCAGCUGUAACAGUCGCGGUGCUCGCCUUCGAGGCUGUUUACUACCUCGAGUCAACGCGUCGAGCCAACGAUCGACGCGUGAUGACUCUCUAUGUCAUGAUGAAGGACAUGAUGAUGGUUCUAGUCCAGCUGAAAGACAUCGAGAGUACACGCCAUCGGGGUCUCGACGGAGAAGCUCUCGAGGACCGACUAGAGAGACUCUCCAACAAGACUGCCGAGAAUAUCAAGGCUUGUGCGAACGUCUGCGAUACGUUCCUGAAGAAGCGACCGAUCGUACGCGUCUUCAAGGGCCCCCUCUGGGCGGACAGGCUCGGCGAGUUUGUCGAAAUUUUCGCCCAACGCAAAGGCGACUUCGAGUUCGCGCUCGCGAUGCACACGGCCACGGGCGUGACCGAGAUCAAGCGUCAGAACUACGAGAUCGGCGCCAAGCUGGAGACUGUCGUCGCGCUGCUGACAACCUUCGCGUCCUGCGAUGAGCUAAAAAUUCAACAAGCUAUCCACAAUGCUGGCGGCUUCAAGAACGCACGCAAAGAUGACGCGGUUCUCAAGUCGUUGCUUGCUCUGGACGCCUCGCUCCGCAGCGACGGCAAGGACGAUGAGAAGAGUCGCCCUCCAUUGCGCCACUCACAAGCAACCCAAGGCGCAGGACAACGCGAGAACGGGGACAAGACUAAGAGCGGCCAGAAGAAGGGUCUGUCGAUGGACACUCUCGAGGAAGAACUGCUCGAGAGCCUAGACGAGUCGCUCGAGCGCAACCUACAAACGUUCAUGGGCAAGUUCGACCUUCAAGUCGCCACUCUGCGUGACGCACUCGAGCGGUACAUCCGUGUGGAGAACGAUCGCGUGAUUGAUGCAGUCACUGAAGCGAUGGCACUCGGUCCUCAUAUGCGGGUGCGAGAUCUCAACUGGCGUGGUAGCGUUAAAGCACGCACCUUCGUGUUGAUUUUGCAGGAGCAUUAUCGCGAACUGUCUGAGAACGCCAUUCCGUUGGCAGACGCGAAUAGCACCGACUCGUGGGCGCUCAAGUACCUCACCGUUUCGUGGCUGCGACCAAUCAUGGAGGCGUUUGACGAAGAUGCGUCAGGCCACGUUACGAUCACAGAAGUGAACAGAGUUAUGGAACUGAGGCCGCCGGUGCUGAAGUGGAGCUUUCCGCAUUGGAUGGCGUAUUGGGCUGUCGGUUGUCGACUCGCCACCAUCGAGUACAUACAGAAGAUAAAGACUCUGUUUGUAGAGAUCGCCGACCUAUCGAGAGCCGUCCUCGCGGUCAACCGGCAGAACGCGAGCAUGUAUAUGGCCGAUUGGUGGUGGAUCGCGCAGUUGGUCAGGGGCUUUGAAGACAACGUUGCGACGUCCAGUGACCCGGCGCUCCUCGAUCGAUUUCGUGACAUGGUCGACUUCGAAGAACACUCCCUGCGAGAGAACUUGACCAAAGUGAAGUAUCACAUCGACGCGUCUGAUACCCUCUCUCUGGUUCUCGGGAAACGAUCGUUCGAGAAGUCUGUCUUCGCCCUGUUGUACCUGCUGCUGGAGUACGACUGCAAGAAGUUCUACGCGGCUCGGGUCGUGUCGUUCACUCACCGCGAGUGGACACGCUCGUUCGACUCGCUCAGUCAAGUCUACAAUGCUGUCUCCAACAGGUACAGUGAUCUUCAAAGCCUUUUUGGACAGCGAAACAGAACAGACCUCAAGGCAGAGUUCUACGAGCAUGCGUUCGGAAUGUACACACACCUUCAUGAUCCGUCGGCUUUCUGGUCUUUUGAGAACUCCGAGGUCUCCAAAUGGCUUCAGCUGGCUCCUCUCCAGUUCGAUGCCGUGUGCGACCUUGAUGCGUACGAAGAAGAGGAGGAGUUUCCCUACGACUCCAGGCUCUACGAUAUCAUUGACACCCAGACGGAACUGGAUACUUCUGCACCGUCCCCGCUUGAUGCGAUCGUCGGCGAAUGGAACGGAUUCUGUCACGACGAAGUAGCGUACCCCUCUCGGCCCAUGAUUUCCUUCCACUUCCAUGUUGCCGGCCAGGGGCCGAUCGAUGACGACGAUAUCGACAGCAAAAGCACCACAAGCGAGGACAGCUCCGACGAAGGCGAUGAGCAAGAUGACACUGCACAACCCUUCGUCGGCUCUGGAAUCGACUUCGACAGCGACAACUUCGAAGUCACUGGUUUCUGCAAGUUCUCGGACGAUGGUACCGUCCGAGUAGAGUGGAAGGUGUCUUACAAGUCCGAUCUCAAGAUAUUCUAUAUCGGGAGACUGGUCGACGAGUGCACCAUCGAAGGCGACGCGGCAUACAACAAUCGAUGUGACAUCGAUCGCAAGUUCAUCCUGAAGAAAGCCCCUGCCGACGUCGUCAUCUUCCGACCAUUCCCCGCGAAGCUGCAACCUGAAGCGCCCGGACGGUACCCCGCGCUAUGGGCGUAUGCGAUCUCCGCGACUCUCAGCGUUGUCCGCCGGCGCCAGUGGUCGUGGUCGUACUUCGCGGCUCGCCGGGACGUGCGCCGGCGGUUCCUCGAAAUCGACCGACAGAGGUACCAGACCCGCGCGCCGUUCACACGGGAGGACCUCGCCCAAGUCCACCGGUCAUGCACGGCGGCAGACGCACUCUUCUACGAGACCAUAGGCGACUACAUCGCGACGACGGGGAUGUUCAACGGGGUCGAGGACUGCGCGACUGGAAACCAAGAUGCUCAUCCGCACGAGACGAGCGGAUCGCGGUUCCUAUGUCUCGACUGCGCCCCGAACGACGAGUUCCAGCUCUGGGUCAGCAUCUGCGACAGAAACGAAUGUCUCCGUCAGACGAUAGACAUCCGCGCAUGGAAGGGGAUCCCGCCCCGAAUCCCGCUCGUCCACCGCCCGACGCAUGACCUCGUCAAAGUCCGAACGAUGGUCCACAACUACACGUGGCAGCGCCUCAAACUGUCGGCUCUCUCUGUUCUGCAGCAACUCCGGAGCGGAGCGCUCAUGGGACCCCCUGCCAGGCCGCCUUCCUCAUUUCCCUCCAUCUCUCCGUCUGACAUAGUAAACGAGGACGGCGAAAAGCCGUCAAGCUUGGCCUUCCCGUCGCAUCAACCCCCAGAGUACUUCGAAGGCCCCCGUCCGGAGUUCUGGAGAUGCCGCAUCUGCGCUCAAGAUGUUUUCAUGGGCGAUUGCUGGUACUGUAUGAUCUGCAGCGAUUACGUCUGCGAUAACUGCGAGGCCAACUCCCUCAUUCGUUGCCAAGAAUGCUCCAAGCCGUUCCCUCAGCCUACAUGGUACUACGGGCACGAGUUCGACGACUUCCUCUGCGUGAUGUGUAGCGCGAGAGGUUUCACGGGUUCCGACCUCAGCCUUGAUGAUCAGCACCCACACCGGCACGUCUACACGCACCCCCUCGUCCGCUGCAAGCAGCGCGACGCAGACCCCGUUCUCCCCAUGACGCCCUUCGAGUCCGGCCCGCUCGUGAACCCGACGGACCGGUUUGCGGAGCUGGAGAAGCGCCUCUCGGCCAUGGACGAGAAGUUCGACGUGAUGAACGACAGGUUCGCGUCGCUGCAGACGAAGCUGGAGCGGAUGGAGGCGCAGAUGGAGCAGUCGCGACAGGCAAUGCAGGACACGCUCGUUGCGCGGUUUGCCCAUGUUCUCUCUGAAACGCUCGCAGGGAUGGCCCCAGGAGGACGGAAGACGGAAGAAGCAAACGAGAUUGAUAUCUCGGACGUUUAG